AUUUUCCGGUCGAAUCUAUGAAACGAAAAAGUGCACUCACACUCAAGAAAUUGGCUAGGAUUUAAGUAGGAAAGUAGCCACUUUUUUUGAGUGUGAGCGCACUUUUUUCUUUCAUAGAAUCUCUGAUGUAGUACCUACCAUGUUAAUCUAGGCCUCCUGCUAGUACUGCGAAGAAGUAGAUCUAGUUCUAGUGGGUUGUUGUUUAGUGGGCAGGUUUUUGAUCCAUCUUGUUCGUGAAGUAUUUGUAUAGCUCAUGAUAAAUUCCGACGAAAGUCAAUCGUAGUCUUCGCAUAUCUCAAGAAACAAGUAAAUGGCCACGAGAAGUCGCUCUCAGUCUCAGAAGUCCGUAGCAGCAAACCGUGCUUUCGGAUUUUUCUUCCUUUGGUAAAAGUUCCCGAGAGUAUCCUUUCUUGCCUUUUCCUCGUGCGUGUGAGCAUCUUGCCUGCUCUGAUUUUUUUUGUCCCAAGUCCUGCAGCUGGCGACGAGAAUUGGAAGAAGGCUUCCACACUAUAUGUUUUUGUUUUUCGGUCACGGAAUUAGCUCAGUCAGUGGCAAUUUUUGUCCUGCGACAGUGGGCAUACUGCGCCUCGGCGUAGUCUGUUCGAAAGCUCGAAAGCGGAUAACUUACACCUACUACAACUUCGAGUGAAGCCGAAUUAUAGGGGCGAGCUAAAAGAUCGCGUAUACAGGGAGUCUUUGCAAAGACGAUAACGCCGCGCGGCAGAUGGUUGCUUCCGCGGCUAGCGAAAAGAUGACUGUGAACGAGGAGUCAGAGCAGCAGUCCGGCCGCGGUGCGAAAGCCCAAGUCAAGAGCGGACAGCCAAAAAUGGCUCGCAAACUCAACUUAAGGCUAGUACUUGAAGCAUUUCAUAUUAUAUAUUCACUCGCUUUAUUAUUAUUUAUAUUUUUAUGUGACGCGUUCGUUUCGACUUCAAGAUCAAGGAGAAGCGUGCCGAUUCUUUAUUAGGCACGAAUACUAUACGCUGCGCCAGCCUCUAACGAAUACCGGAAACCGUGCUGGCGCGCUCGAUAACCGGCGCGUUUCGAUCCCUGAAUUUGCACAAAAGUUAAGAACUAUCUCUGAUUUCUGUGAUCCACAUAAAUGUACAUCAAAGCGAAGACACUAGCACCGAAAGCGCCCGCGCGCCUGGAACUAGCCUCGACGCCGAGAGGCGUCGCUGGGGAAUAGAAUACACCGACCCGCGCUGGCUACUCUGUUCGUCGGUGGCCCUGCCCUGGUGCUCAUCGUGCUUGGCCCUCCUCGUUCUUGGCUCUGCUCGUCGCCGGCUCUGCUCAGCGCUGGCUCUGCCCGUCGCUAUCCCUACUCGCCGUUGUCUCUCCUCGUCGCCGUUCCUACUCCUCGCUGUCCCCUUUACUUUACUCAUUGCCCCGGCCCCUUUCUGUCCCAACUUGCCGCUUUUCCAGCUCCUUGCCGCCCCUAAUCGUCGCUGCCCGUACUGUGCGCUCGCUGUCUCUACUUGUCGCCGGUCUUACUCGUCUGCCCGUCGCCGUUCUUCCGCGUCAUCGGAGCUUCUUGCUGUCCUUUAUCGCCGCUGCCCGUGCGCGUCGCUCUUGUCUCUGCUUGUCGCUGCUCUUGCCCGUCUCUGUCCUUGCUCUGCGCGUCGCUGUUCUUCUUGGUCGCUGUCCUUGCUCUGCGCGUCGCUGUUCUUCCUGGUCGUCGUCGCAGCUCCUUGCUGCUCCUAGUCGAUCCGCCGCUGCUCGUACUCGUCGGUCGGCGGCGGUCGGUCGCCGGCCAGCCGUCGUCGGCCAGCGGUCGUCAUUCAGCCUCAGCGGCCGUCGGUCAGCAAUCGUCGUUCAGCGGUCCUCGGCUAGCGGUCCUCGGCCAGCGGUCCUCGGCCAGCGGUCUUCGGCCAGCGGCCAGCGCUCCUCGGCCAGCUGUCCACGGUCGUCGACGGUCCCUCCGCGGUCGUCGGCGGUAUAUGCUCGUCGUCGGUCCGCAGUCGUCGUCGGUCUGCGGUCGUCGUCGGUCCUCCCCGUUCGCGGUCGUCAGCGGUCCGCGGUCUUCAGCGUUCCGCGGCCGUCAGGAGUCCGCCGCCGUCAACGGUCGACCCGUUGGCUCAUAUUCCGGCCACUCCAUUCAUGAGCAGGUGCCUGCCCAUUCCGCGCGGGCUGGUUUUUUCGUUACAUACUCGAUAGAUUGCGCCCCGUGCCCGCGCGUGGGUUGGUCGCGUUGCCCCAUUGGGUUGGCGCUGGGGUGGUCUGUGCUGCUUCGUGUGGGAAUAUGUCCAUUUGAUUUUGUCAUGACACCCCGAUCAUGAAGACGAGAUGAACGUGGUGAGCGCGCAUGGUUUAUUCUUGUUGGCUGCUCGCUCAUUUUCUCAGUUAAUUAGAGAGCACUAAAUGAAGCCGGGGGCGACCAGUCGCGGCAGCCGCCGGGAAGUGGAAAAGACAGGGAGAAAGAAAAGCCGUCCGCGAAUGGUAUCCUUUCAUCGACUUUGCAUAGUGUUGAUUGUAGUGCCGACUCCUUCGCGGGUUUUUAUCGAUACCAUAUUAAUUCACACAUACUUAGUUGGCGAAGGAAUGGAAAGCUAGUGCUAUGCUAUGUAUGUUCAAUACGAACCUUUUCCUCGUUCCGUUGUGAUCAGUUGAUAGGACAGCCCUUGUUAGUUUUUGUUCCUUUGUCGAGGAACUUUUUGCAAGGUGCUGGGCAGUAGUCAUGGCUCAGCAUAGUCGCUAUUUGUCAAUCCUGAAACAUUACUAGGCCCUUUGGACGAUAGUUCCGAACGUGCAGAUGUAGAAUCCAGUUCGGAGGCUGGGAACACGGGUCACAAGAAGCGCAAGAAGGAUCAGAAUCAGAAUAAAGAGCAGAAAGUUGACGACUCGAACGAGCAAUUACGGGACUCCGACGAAGGUCUGAAGAAAAACGCAAAAGGGCAGGACCGUAAGCGGAGAAAACUUGAAAACACGACGCGGUCUUCACCAGGUCCGAAACGAAACUAACUACAUCAAGAUCAAGUAGAUUAUCAAAGAAUCUACUGUGUUAACCCGUGAAUAUUAUCAAUCUGCGCGUGUUGAAAAUUCCUUUCCCUUUCCCAUCAUUCACAGUGGCUGGGUGCUCUUUACCGGGUGCAGCUUCUGGCGCUUUGGCGCUCGUGCCAGCGGCGGAUGCUCUUCCCCGUAGUUCGAGUAGUGCCGCGGAUCACAACCUCGACAUUGUUUCAGAAUUGCAUAGGCAUUUGGACGUAGAACGGGAAAAAAACGAAGAAACUGGAAAAAGGCUUCUACAGUGUAGAGACAAGCUACGACAAACAAGCGUAAAAACUUAUGAACGGGAGCGGCAAGAAAGGUACUAUCCAGGCUCUCGAUAUUUGAAUGCUCUUUCGUCGUUAAGCUUAACGAGUUCGUAUUUGUUAUCAUUCGACGUCGAGAAGAGUCAUGGGCUCACGAACUAGAAAAAUAAUUGCUAGUCUGACCACUGGUAUUACAACAAGAAGUCGUAGUUUCUUGGUCGUGGCUUAACCACACUGCCUGCAAGGUUAGGACAAGUUAUAUUAUCGUAUCUUUUACUUUACAUGAAUCAUACUCAACUUUAACAGACGGAUAAUCAUAAUACGAUAUGGUAAAUGCAACUAGAGAAAACACAUUACGACUUACUACUUCCACCUUUCGAUUUGAUUAUUUUUCGUGCAUUCUCAUUCAUCAGACACGCAAAGCUGAUGGACGAUACUAUUCGACUCGGGGAGCGACCCGUAUACUCUGUGGUCGUACAGAACGCCAGCCGUGACUGGUUGCCGGGGAAAGAUUUUGAAAAAAUCGAAUCAGGGCUCGCGCGCAUCAAGGAGGAGCGCGAGCAUAUUGGGGAGCAGCGUAAGCUCCUCACGCAACAGCAAAGCAAGAUCAAAAAGGACCGCGAACAAGCCACGGAGGAGCAACAACUGGCGUUGCAGCAGCGAGAAAUCCAGGAGCAGGUGGGUGGCGCGACCUCAUCUUCGAUUUGUGCCGCGGCCAACAACGGCGCUGGAGGAACAUCCGAGGUGAACCAGGCAUCAUCGAGUUCAACCAGUGCUACGUCGCUUAUCAGUGGAAUAAGUGGAGCGGCAGUUGGCGACAGUGCCGCUGGUGAGGGUGCGACUUCAUCAGGUAGUGUCGUAGGCAACGGCGGACCCGGGAGCGGCGAAAAGGACGUCAAGGGGGAGAGCGCUAACCACAAAGCUUCCGCUUUGUCUUCUAGUGGUAACGGUGGGGCCAACGGAGUUGCCGCAGCCUCAAGCAACGGCUCUGCAGCGGGUCUUCAAUCCAACAGCGAGAUACCAACAAAUUUGGUCAUGGGAGGAGUAGUUCUGCAAAAUCCGGUUAACCAGUGGAAUCUAGAGGAAGAAGCAAUAUUCGAGCAAAGAGAAAUAUAUAGUGCGCGCAUGGAAUUCCUCAAGCGCGAAGAGCAAGACCUCAUGCAACAGAGGGCGAGACUGCAGAGCGAACGCCUUAUCCAUGAGAAGCGCCUUAAGUUAUGCUGCGUAUGUUUCGUCAAUGACGAAAUCGUCCUUUUCUUUUUCACUUGUGAGAAUACUUCAAGUACAGGGAUAGUAAUGCUGUACAAUAUCUCAUUUUACCUGCGAGAAUUAUAAACCCGUUUUCGUGAAAUUUCAACAAGAAGAGUUUGAGCACCUUGAAAACAGCAUCUAGAUGCACAAAUGUGAAAGCAUCGCUUAUGCCUCUAACGCGCCUGUGGAAUUUCGAGCGCAGUUCCAAGCAUAACAAGUACCAACUGUUCCGCAACCGCUAUCAACUUUAUGAUCACAAGAAGAGGAACAAAUGCGAACGUACAACUAUAUUAGACUAGAAGUCCUGGCAUAUCUUCUAUCUGUUAAUAUUUCAAUUUCCAAUAGAAAUGGAAAUGUUUGCUUUCCUCCUCUAUGUAUCGUGUGUUUCGUGUCUUCUCUAAACUUUUGGCAACCUGAUCGGCCGUGGGGGUUUCAGUGAAGUGUACAAAGCGAUGGACCUCGACCAAAUGCGGGAGGUCGCUUUGAAAAUUCAUGAGGUGGGCUCAGACAUGAGCGAGUCUGAAAAAGAAUUCUACGUCCGACAUGCAAUGCGGGAAGCGGAUAUUCAAAAGGCCCUCAAGUCGAACAGCAUAGUACAGCUCUACGACGUUAUAUCCAUCUCCGAAAACUCGUUCGCGACAGUGCUAGAAUACUGCGGAGGUACUUAGCUUCUCUCGGCUUCUACAUCAGUUCUUCACCGAUAGACAUCAGGUCCCUGAUGAGAGCGACAAAGAGAUUAUCAUCGACAUACAUUCAUUUUCAAAGUACCUCAUUCCCAAGUGGUGACCAGAGAGUGUGUCUACACUUUUGAAACUACCCGCACCCAUGGAAAUUAUCAUGAACAAACAUCUUCAAGGUGAAACGCUUGACGAUCACUUGCGGGGCCGUCCGAAUGGUUGUCUGACGGAAAAGGAGGCUCGUGGUGUUGUCAUCCAACUCAUGGGUGGCCUUAAGGCCAUGAACCGCCGCGAUGAACCUAUUAUCCACUACGACCUCAAGCCGAGCAACCUCCUGUAUGACAGGGGAGUGGUAUAAAAGUGUCUAUUUGGAGCUUGAGACAUAAUACGAUAAUUAGCAUCUUUCUCCCCCGGUCAUCGCAUAGGCACACUUUUUCAUCUACAUUUAUCCUCCGUGCUAAAACUAAAGUUUAUUAACUGUAAGACUGUAGUAAGUUGUAUCGCCACAAUCGACUGCUGACGACUAGCUACAUCUAGUCUGGAGAUGAAUCAACAGGCCAAAGAUAAGAGGAAUGAAUCUUGUCAAUCUCCGAGAUCCCCACCUCACAAUCACUCCUGACUAGGUCAAGAUAACAGAUUUCGGAUUGAGCAAAAUUGUGCGAAAGAAGGAAGCUAGAUCGCCGAGCAGCUCCGAGGAAGGAGCCAAUAAAGAGGUGAGAAACGAAGAGUCUGGGCCCUUGAUAGACGAUACGAAGUUAACCAUCAACCCAAAAAUUCGCGACUACAAGGAGGGAGAGAACGAACAACAUGAGUACUCAUUUUUUUUUUCGAAUAACAAAUCUAUCGUUUCUUGUCCGGAUCUCGGGACCUGCUAUGAUAUUAGGCUGUAGUAGCACUGUUAGAUCACGUACAUCGGUUAUUUCAGCUUUUCGAAUAGGAAGACAAAUUGAUCUUGAGAGAUGAUAUUGCUAAAUUAUUUCCCUUAGGUUACAUAAAAAGCUGCAGCGUGCGAAUGGCACGAAAGAGCGGACCCCAGCAAUCGAAGAAAUCAAUUCCGAAUUCGCCGAACCCUCAUGCGAACUAACGUCAGCUGGCUGCGGCACCUAUUGUUAAGGCUGCAAGCAACAAGUGGCAAAUUGUUAUUGUACCUCUACCUAGCGAUCUGUUUUUUCUAGUACACCAGUCUAAAGGAGGACGGAAGGACGUCUUCAACGUGGAGGAUGCAUGAUCUUUUAUGUCUCUAAUUUUCGUAUUUACCGAUAGAGUGCUUCCCUCGUGAGGAUACACAGGUUCUUGCGAAUGGCAAGGUCGCCAACACACGAGCAACAACGACGAAGGUGAGUAAUAAGGUUGAUGUGUGGUCCGUAGGCGUCAUUUUCUAUGAGAUGCUCUAUGGCCGCCGUCCGUUCGGACAUCGGCUGUCUCAAGACAAGUACUACCAUGCUGCCCUACGGGGAGAGACCAAUUUGGCUGUGGGCUUUCCUGAUCAACCAAGGGUAUCCAAUUAUGGCUCUUUAUAAUGACUUUAACUUACUUACAACAAAAUCGGCUGACAACCGCCGGCCCGUAUGUUCAUUAUUUAUUUUCCUAGUGCAGGGUUAGCUCUUAGUCCUUUGAUUAGUCGCCGUCUAGUCCACACGCGGCAUGAUGAAUACUUUUUACCUUCACCACAAUCAAAGCAAUGAGAAGUAUUUUGUUCUAGUUCAGCCCAUGCAGCGAGCUCAAAGGAAGUUGGAAGUAAAUAACAAUUGUGAUGAGCAGCAGCUCUAAUCGAAGGAGUGCCAAGAGUUUAUCCGUCGUCUACUCAGUCCCCAGCAGGAUGAUCGACCCUCCGUGUUUGACAUUUGCAACGACCCGUACCUGACGAAGGGAAAAAUAUAGCGGCUGUUGGGGGAUGCGUAUAACUGGCGAAGAAGGAAGAUAAUGUGAGAGCAGAAGGGGCGUCUUGAGAUGAGGUUUUGCGACAGGAAGAGGUGACAACUGUACUAACACGAAGAAGGAGGAGGUAAUGAGUCCGAGUCGGAAUUUUCCGAGAUGUUCCCUUAGCUGCACUAAAGAUGCGGCGCCUAUCCCAUGUUCAUGGAGGUAUAAUUGAGUCAUUGAGGCAACUGUUGACGUCAUCUACAAAUGUGGCGUUCUGAGCCUGAACUGUAUGUGCAUACCAAAGUCCUUUGAUUCUUGUCGUUGAAGAAAAGCAGGUUGUGACUCAUUUAGAGUAGAAAACCGAAUAAACGUUGACUUUGUUUGUAUUUUUCCAUGUUGGUCGUGCCAUGAGGAAGGUGGACACACAGCAGUAAAGUCGAUGGCCAGAUGUAAAAAAGACCUGUUGUGCUGCUCGCAGUUUUUCAUGUGCAUUAAGCAGAUGAAAUAUAUGUCUAGCCAUCUUCUAGAUCCCCAUACCCACAAUUGUAGAAAAUUUUCAUAAUUACGAAAGUUAAAAUUGAUCGAUCGAGCUCCAGCUCGGUCACAGUAGUUUGAUGUCUUCGUCGACAAAGACACUUUUGGUCAUGACAGCAUCAAUGUCUCAAAAAACCUAUCUUGUUAGAAAUCUUGAUCCUACAUCAUGGUAACAACAUAUUUCAGCUCUGUCUUUAUCAUGUAUUACUCUUUCCAGUACUAUUUUCUCUUUUUAACACGCGACGUCAAUGUCAUGAGAAACUACUGCUUCAUAGAUUCAUGAGUAUUACCUGUUAGAAGAUGGAAUUUGGAUAGGAAUUCCACCCUUCAGAACGGCAACAUGAAGCGAUUGAAAGGAUUACCCAUUUUCAAAAUCACGACACUCCAACGAAAAAAAGAGACCCAAUCUAUGUGUUAUAUUCGAAAAAAGCUGAUGCUAAACCUAAAUCCCAUCCUAUCCUAUCUAUACGGCACCCAGAGCAGAUUCAAAAUAUUUUUUUUUACAGCGGGCAACCUUGAGGAGGGGUAGAUCAUCUUUGGUCACUCUCUGCGUCAAUGCGGGACACGAAGACACUCACAGAUGCAAGAAAACCACGACGCAAAGAGAAACUACACUAAACGUUGAGAGCAAGUAGGAGUGGUACUAUUGAAAGAAUCUAUUAAGGUCGACAGCUAGAAGAAUCAUACUGGUGAGAAGAU